CGCUCGGCUGCUGUCGAUAGAGCUGAUUUCUGUGCUGCUGUCGUCGUCCGCCUCGUCCUCUCCGUGUUGUUGUUCUCGGUGACGCGACGGAGGUGUAGCCUGACGCGGUCUCUUACGUGUCGGUCUGAAUAAAAGUGGAGCUCCGUGGACCCGGGAGUGACGAAGCGAGUGUGUGCUGGUAAGAGGAUAUACGCGUCCGAUGUUUGCUCCUAAACAGAUCGCGCUCGAUGGCUGCCUGGAGUCGUGCGUUUGCUGUUGUAGCUGCACAAAGCCAACAAAGAGAUCAUGGCGGCGGGGCUUGCACAGGCUAACUAAAUGAGCCAGUCUCUGCACAGCGGCUCACUCUGAACAUACUUAGAUUGUACAUGAGCAUGGAGGCUGGUGCAGAAACACAGCAGGGUGAAACUGCUGUUACUGAGUCCGAGGCCCAGCAAAUUACCCUGACCCAGGCUUCCAUAGCAGCGGCUCAGGUUUCCUCCAGCAGUCCCACAGUGACCUUGGUGCAGUUACCCAACGGGCAGACAGUGCAGGUGCACGGGGUGAUCCAAACCGCACAGCCAUCGGUUAUCCAGAGUCCACAAGUACAGACGGUUCAGAUUUCCACAGUUGCAGAAAGUGAAGAUUCGCAGGAGUCCGUAGACAGUGUGACCGAUUCUCAAAAACGACGGGAGAUUCUUUCAAGGCGUCCUUCGUACAGAAAAAUCUUGAACGACCUGUCGUCAGACGCUCCAGCUGUACCUCGCAUCGAAGAGGAAAAGUCAGAGGACGACACUGCACCAGCCAUCACCACAGUCACCAUGCCCACUCCCAUCUACCAGACCAGCAGUGGACAAUACAUUGCCAUCACCCAGGGCGGUGCGAUCCAGCUGGCCAACAACGGCACAGACGGAGUCCAGGGCCUCCAGACCCUGACCAUGAACGCGGCCGGAGCCCAGCAAGGGGCCACCAUCCUGCAGUACGCCCAGACCAGCGACGGGCAGCAGAUCCUCGUGCCCAGCAACCAAGUGGUCGUACAAGCGGCCUCCGGGGAUGUGCAAGCAUAUCAGAUCCGCACGGCCCCCACCAGCACCAUCACUCCCGGGGUGGUGAUGGCAGCCUCCCCCGCUCUGGGAGGAAGCGGCACUGAGGAGGUCACACGCAAAAGAGAAGUCCGCCUUAUGAAGAACAGGGAGGCUGCCCGCGAGUGCCGCAGGAAGAAAAAGGAGUACGUGAAAUGCCUCGAGAACCGCGUGGCCGUGCUGGAAAACCAGAACAAAACCCUCAUCGAGGAACUGAAAGCUCUCAAAGACUUAUACUGCCACAAAUCGGAGUAGAGCCAGCGCCUGUAGAGGGCUUCACAGGCGCCCGCCCCUACCCCUGUACAGAGCCCCUCCCACUUUUCUACUUUCUUUUUUAAAAAACUGCUCAAAAUCCUGCACCACAGACACACACACACAUACACCACAAUCUGGAAAUCUGUUCUCAUUUCUCCCCGUGUAAGAAGGGUGCAGUGAUGUUUGGAAUAGAGUGGAGGUCUGAUACACUGAGGAUCCUUCUCACACCAAAGGGACGACGCUCACUGCCGCCUGGGACACACGGCCACAUCACCAGCCAUGGGGGACACCAUUUUCUCAACACAAUCUGUACUGUGUCACUAACGCUUCAAAAGUAGACUGGACAUUUUAUCUCUAAGCUGUGUUUAUGUUCUAUUACUUUUAAAGUGCUUGCAUCACGCCAUCAAUGUUAUUAUUUUUUUUACUUAAUUUGCCUUGAACAAACUUGUGAAACGUUGAGUUGUAAGAUGCUUCUUGAUGUUAAUGCAGCUUUACAAACAUUAGAGGGCUUCGAAAUGGUUAACGUCUUCUAAAAUCUAUUUCGGUUUCCUAUGUGACCUGCACGGCUCAUUGCGUUUGGUUUUUAAAAACAUUUUAAGAUUUGUAAAAUAGUUGAGAGUUGUACAGUUUUCUAUUGAGAAGUUCUAUAUAGGAUUGAAAAGGAAAAGACGCAUGUGUAAGGAAUUUCUGAUUUACUUUGCACACUUUUUUAUUGCUAUCGGAUGUUUUUAAACAGGAAAACCAAACAUAAUGAGCCAUGCUUUGCUUUGAGUGGGAAAAGUCAAAAUACUUCAAAUCCCAUAUCAUAUUUGGCUCUGAUUUCUAGAAACAUCUGCACUUUUCUUGCAUAUACAAUCCUUAAAGAUUUCACAUCAAUGGCAAAAAAAAUCUGCCAUCCUUAUAAAACUCAAAGAAUCCAUGUAUAGAUUUUUUGCAUAGAUUUAUCAUGUUGCCUGGUUGCAUUUUGUCCAUCUAUGUCCCAAUAUAAGAUUAUGAAUUGCGACCAAACUUGAGAGAAAGUUAAACAGAUUGCCAUAUUGUAUUAUUUAGGUAUUGUAUAUUGCUUUUUACGUCGCUUUUCAUUAAUUUUGUACAUUGUUAGCUCAUCAAAUAUUACAUUUCUGGCAGCUGUUAAUAAAUGUGUUUCUGGUAAAGUGUAAUUUCUUUUUAUUACAAAAAAAUGUGUCAUAAAUCCAUGUUUUGAAGCACUUUUGACACUUUGAAAAUAUGAAUGUCUCUCUCUUCAUCAUAGUAAACCUCUUUGACUC